AUGGAGGAAAGCCAAGAACUUGCUUUGACCCAGUUUAGAAAAUCGGUCGAGAAACUCUCUUCCUCCUCAGAGGGAUAUGAGAAACCAACAUUGAUGAGGUUCCUGGUGGCAAGAUCAAUGAAUCCAGACAAGGCAGCAAAGAUGUUUGUAGACUGGCAAAAGUGGAGAGUCUCCAUGGUUUCUCCAUCUGGAUUCAUCCCAGACUCAGAAGUGAAGGAUGAAUUAGAAUUCAGAAAGGCCUUUCUACAAGGUCCAACCAAAUCCGGACAUCCUCUGUUACUUUGCAAGGUCUCCACGCAUUUUCCUGCCAAGGAUCAACUUGUUUUCAAGAAGUUCGUUGUUCAUUACCUAGACAAAGUUAUCGCAAGUGGAAUCAAAGGCAAAGAAGUAGGAGAUGAGAAGUUGGUAGCUAUUAUUGAUCUUGCAAACAUUACAUACCAAAACCUUGAUGCUCGUGGUAUGAUCACCGGCUUUCAAUUCUUACAAUCUUACUACCCGGAACGCCUUGCAAAAUGUUACAUGUUGCAUAUGCCUGGAUUCUUCGUGACCGUUUGGAGAUUCGUCUGCCGUUUCUUAGAGAAAGCAACUCAAGAAAAGAUUGUGAUAGUAACGGAUGGAGAAGAACAGAGGAAGUUCGAGGAGGAGAUCGGGUUAGAUGCCUUGCCGGAAGAAUACGGCGGCCGAGCUAAGCUUACAGUGCUCCAAGAUGUUUUUCUUCCUCGGUCUGCUCCAGGAAUGUUAACAACAAACAAUAAUGUUUAA